CAUGUGGUCGCAGGCAGAAGGCCAUGGAGAAAUCAGGAGCGAUUCCUGCACUGCGAAUGGCCUUCCUCCUUCUGCUGCUCAUCAGUGCUACCUGGAUGCUCGGACUGAUGGCGGUCAACAGUGAUGUAAUGACCUUCCACUACCUGUUCGCUGUCUUCAGCGCUCUGCAGGGAGUUUUCAUCUUCUUCUUCCAUGUGGUCUUCAAUAAAGAGGUGAGGAAAAACCUAAAGAACGUCUUCACAGGAAAGAAGAGCGUACCAGACGAAUCCAGCACCACAAGAGCCUCUUUGCUCACACGUUCUCUCAACUGCAACAACACCUACACAGAAGACGGCCCGCUGUACCGCUCAGGUAUCGGCGAGUCCACCGUCUCCCUGGACAGCACGCUCAGGUCAGCCAAGAGCCGCAGCAGCUACCUGGCUUACGCACUCAGGUACAACAUGCUCACUGACCGCAUGGCUGCUUCUACUACACUGCUGCAUGAGGAGUGUGUGUAUGUCUGCACAUGUGUUGCUGUUUGUCCAUUUCAGACUUCUCUUUUUGUUGUCUUUCUUUGUUACCCAUCCUGCACGUCUGCUCAUGCAUCAAGGGUCUCACAAAUACUAACACACCCCAAACCCCUUAUUUAUAGACACACACAGAGGUACACACACACCCUGUCACCCUGACAUUAUUCUCUACCUUAUCCAAAGCACGGCUAAGUUAAGUUUCUCUACAUUUUAAGGAUAUUUCUUUCCUUUCUUUUGCACAUGUUCAUGCUGCCACAGAAGGGCACUGUAUAGUAACUCUACCUGCAUGAAAAACCACGCUGAGAUCUGCCAGUGCAUGGCGUAUGGCUUUGUUGCAACACACACAUUAUUGAUAUGCACCACUUAUUAAAAAAAGAAUAGA